AUGUCUCUCUCGGUGAGGGAAUCAUCCGCUCAUGCUCCUGUUCUUCAGGAUGCCGAGCUUCUCAAGAGCAUAUUCUUCGUCAGCAACAUUCAUUGCUCCUCUUGUGUUGCAUAUAUCACGGAGAUUCUUUCCGACAUUCAUGGUGUGCAAGCCGUGGACGUCUCCGUCCUCACCCAUGAGGUCCGCGUCAGACACAUCUCUGUCACUCGGCCUGCAGAUUUGGCCACAGCGCUCAUCCAUGCAGCGUUUGAGGUCCACCAUGUCACGACAUUUGAUCAUCGAGGCACUAUCGUGUCGGAUUUCGAGACUACCCCCUGGCUUUCUCGAGACUCCAUCCUCUUCGCCACACAACCCUCCUACUCCAGUGGAUCUCCAAAUCGCAGACACAUCGCAAAAUGUGACGCGUGUAGGAAGGAAGAAUUUGGGAAUAUCGUGUCAAAUGCAUCGGACACUACAUCUCUUCGAUCCACCACCAAGCAAUCCCAAGCGCAUUCGGAUGACGUUGAGACUCUCCACAGCACGAGCUUCAUGUCCUCGCGGCCCGAGGCCACGGCUGACCUCGUUAAAGAAGCCACUGCUAAUGCGGGACCAUCCCAUCUCCAAUGUGAGCCAGACCAAUGGGAUGCCCGCAUAAGUAUUGGGGGCAUGAGCUGCGCCUCAUGUGUGAAUUCUAUCACGAACGAAGUCGAGCAGAUGGAUGUCGUCAAGGAAGUCACGGUCAACCUACUUACCAACAGUGCUAGAGUAGUGGUAACUGGGCCGCGAUCAAAUGUCGACAAGGUCAUUGAACAGAUUGACGACAUGGGCUUCGAGGCGUCACUCAAUGAGGCCCGUCAAAUCAACAAGCAGGUUUCUACUCAAAAGUCAUCAACAUAUGUUGCCGAGAUCGCCAUUGGUGGGAUGACUUGCGGUUCCUGUGCGGCAGCCAUAACUCGAGGACUUGAAGAAUUGCCAUUUGUUACAGACGUGUCGGUAAAUCUGUUGUCCCACAGUGGAAAAGUUGAAUUCGACCACCCUGAUCAGGUUGACGCCAUUGUUGAGAAGAUCGAGGACUUGGGGUACGACGCUUCUCUGAGCAGCGUUCACCCAAAGGAGAUAGAUUCCGAGGAUGGCUCCAUCGAAAAAAGAACAGUGUCUAUUCGUGUCGAUGGAAUGUUCUGUCAUCACUGUCCAGACAAAAUCCUUAAAUCGGCCAAGGGACUUCCCGAUGUCGAAAUUGACGAUGGUUUCUCCUUGAAAAACCCGAUCCUCACAGUAACCUACACUCCUCGUCCUCCUCAUUUCACUAUCCGCGACAUCCUCCAAAAUAUCAAGACACAGCACGAUGCUUUCAAUCCGGCGAUCCACCGGCCCCCGACGAUCGAAGAUCGAUCGCGUGCGAUGCAACACCAUGAGAGGCGUCGCCUGCUCUCUCGCCUGCUAUUUGUGUUGGUUGUCGCAAUACCGACUUUUAUCCUCGGGAUUGUAUUCAUGAGCCUUGUAUCUCCCCAAAACAAGGUACGACGGUACCUCGAGCAGCCUAUGUGGGUUGGAAGUGUUUCCCGCAUGGAAUGGGCACUAUUCAUCAUGACGACUCCUGUCAUGUUUUACGGGACCGACAUCUUCCAUGUGCGGGCGAUGAAAGAAAUAUAUUCUUUGUGGCGCCCAGGAAGCCGCGUCCCCAUCCUCCGCAGGUUCUACCGCUUUGGUAGCAUGAACAUGCUCAUCUCUGCUGGUACCACGGUCGCUUAUGCUUCUUCGCUGGCAGUCCUCAUAAUUGAUGCUGUAGCGGGAUCCACAAGUGAUACACAUAGCUCAACUUAUUUCGAUACCGUGGUGUUUCUAACACUGUUCAUCCUUGCAGGUCGCUUCAUCGAGGCGUACAGCAAGGCGAAAACAGGCGACGCAGUCGCUUCGUUGGGAAAAUUGCGACCCUCCGAGGCUCUGCUUAUUGUCAACACUUGCAGCGAGGGGUCAGCCGGAACUUACGAUGAGGAGCGCGAUGAGAUUCAACGGGUUGAUGUCGACAUGUUGGAGAUUGGUGACCUGGUCAGCAUUCCCCACGGUGCUUCACCACCAGCGGAUGGGGUUGUCGUUGAUACAGGUGUUGGUCAAUUUGAUGAGAGCUCAUUGACUGGCGAGUCAAGACCGGUUAAAAAGACAACGGAAGACUUAGUCUACACUGGCUCUGUAAACGUUGGUCAGCCCAUCAAAAUCCGGGUCACCGCUAUCGGAGGCUCGUCAAUGCUGGACCAAAUCAUCUCCGUCGUACGCGAGGGUCAGAGCAGACGGGCUCCCUUGGAAAGAGUUGCUGAUCUUCUUACCUCUCAUUUUGUCCCACUGAUCACCCUCAUUGCAAUCCUGACAUUCAUAAUCUGGCUAUCUCUUGGCUUGUCGGGCACGCUGCCAGACGAUUACCUCGAUGUCGUACAUGGUGGGUGGACCUUUUGGAGCCUGGAGUUUGCUAUUGCCGUCUUUGUCGUUGCUUGUCCGUGUGGUCUUGCGCUCGCUGCUCCUACAGCGCUUUUUGUCGGCGGAGGCCUGGCAGCCAGGCAUGGGAUCCUUGUCAAGGGUGGUGGCGAAGCGUUCCAAGAGGCCAGUCGGCUCAAUGCCAUCGUUUUCGACAAGACGGGCACCCUCACCGAAGGAGGAAGCUUGAAAGUGUCUGACCACGAGUCACUCGUCACCGACGCGAACACGGCACGGAUUGGCUGGGCACUCGCGCGCAAGUUGGAAGAAAGCAGCAACCAUCCAAUCGCUCGAGCAAUAGUGGGAUUCUGUGGCGAGAGCCCCGCUGUCUCUAUCGUGAGUUCCGAUAUUGAAGAGAAAUCAGGAUUGGGUAUGAAGGGUGUGUUUGUUGUGUCAACGUCAAAUGAGAAGGAGGCCAUUCGAUACGAAGCUGCGAUAGGGAAUCAGCGACUUGUGCAGGGUCUGGUAUCACCUGAAUUGGACGAUUCAUACUUCGCCAACUUGCUCUCAAAGUACCAGGAAGCGGGAAAGCCCACUGCAAUUCUCGCAUUGCGCCAAAUCACUCCCGAAGGCGAAGCACCACCCUAUUUCACCCCGGCCAUGGUCUUUGCCAUAUCUGACUCCAUCCGAACCAACGCCGCCGACGUGGUCUCAAAGUUGCAGAGGCGCAAUGUCAACGUUUUCAUGUGUACUGGCGACAACCAGACAACCGCGUACGCCGUCGCCGACGCUGUUGGCAUCCCUCAAUCCAAUGUCGCAGCGAAUGUCAUGCCGGCUGGUAAAGCGGAUUUCGUCCGCCAUGUCCAAGACGCUGUCCUCUCUCCACGGUCAGAUGCUGAAGCCGAAAGCCAAAGGAGGCAAGGCGGAACGCGCUCCAUUGUCGCCUUUGUCGGCGACGGUGUGAACGACUCUCCUGCACUUGCAGCCGCUGACGUGAGCAUUGCCAUGGCAUCUGGCUCGGAUGUCGCCAUGAACUCAGCCAGUUUUAUCCUUCUGAACUCGGAGCUGGACACGAUUCUGCAGCUCGUGAUGCUCAGCCGCCGGGUAUUCAAUCGCGUCCGACUCAACUUCGGUUGGGCGCUUGUGUACAACCUGUGCCUGGUACCUGUUGCGGCGGGGAUCUUCUACCCCAUUGUCAGUGGUCACAAAAUGAAGAUGGUAGAGGGUGAUAUGGUCAUGGUGAAUUCUCACUGGAGGUUGAGUCCGGUCUGGGCUGCGUUGGCUAUGGCACUCAGCAGUAUCUCGGUUGUUUGUAGCAGCCUGGCUUUGGGGGUUGACCGAAACACUAUGAGGCGGGCUUUUAGGAAGGGUGAUUAG